CGUAUACUGCAGAGGCAUUAUGUUACUUCGGAGUGAACGGAGUCUCUUAUGCAACGCCUUCGAAUCAAUUCUAUUUCUCGUGGAUCUACCUUGACUGUGGAGAUGUAAUAGGCUGCUCUAAUAUUACAUUUGUUUCCUUCUUCUCCGCUCUUCACAUUCGUUUACCCUGACUCCCGGCUUGAUCAGAGUUUCAUAUAGGUGUGUACAAUUCAUGCACCAUCACCGGCCCACAUUCAAAAGACUUUAUGGCAAGUCCAGAUAAAAAGAAGAGCGACGCCCAGCGUCCCCGUCCGUUGCAUCUGUCGAAGUCCUUUUCGAGAGUCGAGACACCUCCCAGUCCGGAUCCUAUAACGCGGGGAAGCAGAGCUAGCACCAUUCAGAAUGGAGUAACACCAGAGAGCAUCAUGGCGGAUAAGACAAAUGUGGUUGUGCAUAAUGGCAAGUCCAAAAGACAGCCAGACGCGUUUGAGAAGACCUCAGAGGAAGAUGAGGAUAAUGAAACGGCGGAUGAGGGCCAUGGGAAAUUGCCAGAUGAUUUUGACGAGCUUCCCAUAGAGCUUGUCAGCUUGAGUGACAGCUUCAUAGACUCACUGUCAGCUAAGGUCCAUCCCACACCACCAUCGAUCGAGAAGUUGUCCGCUCUCUUCCAAGACUUCUACACUGUUGCUGCAACUCAUAUCAACACUCAUAUAUCCGCAUUAUCUUCCAGGCAACAUCGUGAAAGUUCUCCUGUGCCGUCAGUAACAAGUCGACUAAGGGCGAAAGCAGCCUCCAUUGGGAACAAAGAUCGACCGAAAAUACCACCUGAGAGAAGGGACUCUGAGCAAAUGCUUACUGUGGAAGAGAUUGCUGAGCGAAAACGUGCACGCAAAGUACUCGAGCGGAAACGGGUCGCCCUGGAAGAAGCUGUAGAAAGAAGGGUGACUGAAGGCAUAUACGACAGGAUAUGGAGGCACAGGAGUACUCAAGACGAAGCUCAAGAUGAGAAAUUGCGGUCGAAGACAGCCGCUCUCUCAGUUGUCGGUAUUGGUCUUACAGAUUUAGGUAUUGAUUUGGGUCAAAACCAAGAUGCGGAUGCAAAUGAGGGCAAAGAGAAGGAAAUCAGAGCAUGGCUUGAAGAUGCCCGAGAGGAACUGAUUGCCAUGAACGACAAGAAGUACCCGCUGGGCAAACUUCAGCAUCUAAAAGCUGCCCACAGGAAUAUCGUCGAGACACUUUCGCAUUUUCAUCCAUCUUCGUCUGCAGAUGAAAUCAUGCCAAUGCUGAUAUAUACAUUGAUCACAUCUAGACCAGAAGGAAUCAAUGUCAUCAGCAAUCUAUAUUUCAUUCAGAGGUUUCGGAAUGAAGCAAAGAGAGAAGGAGAGGCCGCAUACUGCUUGACGAAUUUAGAAGCUGCGAUCACGUUCCUGGAAACCGUCGACUUGGCCUCAUUGAGGGAGGACGAGGUUCCAUCCGGUCCACCAAAACCUGUGACACCAAGAGCGGAGAAAUUCGAUUCGAUGGAGGUUGGCAUCAGUCCACCGUCGGGUGCUUCCGCGGCGGAGGUUACAUCUGAAAAUGCAAGUCCAACCAUCUCAAAAGCCGAGUCAUCGCCAUCGAGUACGCUUCGACCACAGCUGCAGGUGCACAACCGCCGACUUAGUGAUAUGUUUCAAUCACCGGCUGUCUUGAAUGCUGCUAGUGACGCUGUCAUGAAUACCGCUGAUCAAAGCUUCAAGAGCAUCGGCAACAGUCUUGGAGACAGCUACAAGUUUCUACUAGGGAAGCUGAAGGAGCGUCAGGACGAAACAACAGGUCACAAGCCUGAAAUGGUUGUCCCAAAAACUCUCGAUGACGCCAGGAAGCUCGUCAGCACCCCUCCACCCGAAGAUGCAGAAUCAGAAAGUGGUGCAAGCUCGCUUCAUACCCCUGACAAUAGCGAGAAUAGGAAACGAGCAGACUCGGGAGCAAAAGUAGACGACAAAGUCCUCAGUAUGAUCAGUGGUCGCAAAAUAGUCCGGGACAGAAGCACGGAUAGCAUCAGAAGUUCUGGGAGUGGCGGCAAGAAAGUUGCAUUUGCCGAAGAGGGAGAAAAAGCUCCUUCGCCAUUACACAAUGCUGCACCAGCACCAUCACCAUCGGGAACUCCGGCUCUUGUGGAUUCUAUGCGAAAUCUUGGUAAUUCACUAAAUCCUAUGGCCAGGAUUUCUGGAAUGGGAAUGAUGCGUGGCUUUGGGAGGACAACGCCUACAAGUCCUGUCCCACCACCACCGGCUCCGAGCAAGGGCAUUCCUGAUGGCGGCGUUGCUGAGUUGACAAGUGCAUUCCCAGAGUUGGCACCAUCUCUUCCACCAAAAGAGAUCCCCAAGAUCGCACCACCUAUCAAGCGGUUCAUGGAGUUGCAAAACCCAGGCGACAUGAAACUUAAUGAAGUCUUGGAGUUAUUACGUGAUUAUAGAAGGUUAGCGGGGGCGCUGAAGGAUAUGGGUGCUGUUUAAGUAAGUCCUUGGAGACCUUGGGAAUUUAGUUUGCUGCAUCGACCUUCGUUACUGGGAUUGGUAUUUUCGGGUGCGGGCAUGGCGGCGGGCAUUCAUUGGAGUUUGGAGGGCAUGUGAGACGGGUCGUCUCAUCAGAAUUAUGAUUUUGUAGGAAAUCAAGAGAGAUAUGCUCUCAUAUGAUUGAGCAAGUCAUCACCAGGGAACAAAAAUUAUCUCUGUAAUGCGCUCUGGCAACCGCCCUUUAAUGUUGAGGUUUUCAUCUCAAGUGAGUAAGACAGAGCUCACAGCGUGCUCAUGGUCCAUCUUGUGUCUAGCUCACAGCGCAGAUUCCGCUCACAGCGCAUUUCGCGCCAAUCGCGCAAAAAGCGUAUCAGACC